UGUGGGAAUGGUCGGUCCACGAACUGGGGGUUGGACCGCUCCGAGCGAAACAGAGCAAAAGAGUUUUUAAAUGUCCGCCAUGUUGUCCAUGGCGCACUGAACCACCGAUAGGGAGCGGAGCGUCGGAAAAAAACAGUCCGAGAGAGAGCGACCGAGAUCCGGGCCUUCCCCCAGCUCCGCUGGCGACGCCCUAAAUACAAGCUAGAACCUUCCGAACGUUAGAGACUAACCGCACAGAAACAUCCAUGAAAGCUCCACUCGUUGCCGUGGUGAACAUUAGGAGAUCGGAUAGACUUAUAUUGCAUCUGGAAUUGUGAAAAAAUGAGUAAAUUGUCGUUUCGGGCACGGGCGCUGGACGCUUCCAAGCCGCUACCCGUCUUCCGUUGUGAGGAUUUACCCGACCUGCACGAAUAUGCAUCCAUUAACCGGGCCGUGCCGCAGAUGCCGACGGGGAUGGAGAAGGAAGAGGAAUCGGAACACCAUCUCCAGCGGGCCAUCUCGGCGCAGCAGGUCUACGGCGAGAAGCGGGACAACAUGGUCAUCCCGGUCCCCGAGGCGGAGAGCAACAUCACCUACUAUGACUCCCUCUACCCCGGAGACUACAAGAUGCCAAAGCAGCUCAUUCACAUACAGCCUUUCAGCUUGGACACCGAGCAGCCAGACUACGACCUGGACGCCGACGACGACGCCUUCGUCAACAAGCUGAAAAAGAAGAUGGAGAUCAGCUGCCUUCAGUUUGAGGAGAUGAUCGACCGGCUGGAGAAGGGCAGCAGCCAGCAGCUCGUCAGUCUCCCCGAGGCCAAACUCCUGCUGAAGGAAGACGACGAGCUCAUCAAGGAGGUCUUCGACUACUGGAGCCGAAAGAGGAAAAACAGCAAAGCCAACUCUCUGAUCCCCACCGUCAAGCAGGAGAAGCGGGACGGCUCCAGCACCGGCGACCCCUACGUGGCCUUCCGCCGGCGCACGGAGAAGAUGCAGACCCGCAAGAACCGGAAGAACGACGAGGCGUCCUACGAGAAGAUGCUGAAGCUUCGCAGGGAUCUGAGCAGAGCCGUCACCAUCCUGGAGAUGAUCAAGAGGAGGGAGAAGAGCAAGAGAGAGCUGCUGCACCUCACGCUGGAGAUCGUGGAGAAGCGGAACUCCAUGUCGGACUUUGGUGGCGAAAUCAUGGCGGAGGUUCUGGCGGAGCGGGCGCUGGUGAGGCCGCAGAUCAUUCCCCUGGUUCCUCUCACCAAUCAGUACCGACACCAGGACCACAUGGACUCCAAGGACUACAAGUCCAAGCCCGAGAAGGCAGAACUCACCCGGCAAAAGAGGAAGUACGAGAAGAAGCCCAAGAUGUUGCCGCUGUCGUCGGGCGCGCUCCACCACCCGGGUCCUGUUGUGUUCAACGCCAAGGACCUGAACCAGUACGACUUCCCCAGCUCUGACGACGAGCCCUUCUCCCAGCUCCACUCAGGCUCUUCGGAGGCGGAGGAGGAAAACGACCCGGACGGAGCGUACGCCUUUCGCAGGAAGGCCGGCUGCCAGUACUUGGCUGCUCGUCCGGACCUGGUGGGCAGCUGGCCGUGGAGCGGUCCCUCGGAGGGCGGCUUGGCAGAAGCCCGCUUCCGUUACAGUCUCACUACACUGACCGUGCCGCGGCGAUGUCUGGGCGUGGCUCGGCGGCGCGUGGGACGGGGCGGCAGGGUCUUACUGGACCGGGCGUACACGGACGGCGACGACGCGUUCCACCGACCGGACCUGGACACGCCCGACCUGCCGCCGCCCGCCUCGCCCUCGCCGCCUCCCCCGUCGGCGACGUCGCGCUCGCCGGCUCCCGACGCGUUCGCCGGUACCUCAGAAACAAAUACCUCGGACAGAAGUUCCCCCUCGGCUCGCCCGAGCUCCUCUCCCUGCUCCACGGACCUCAGCCAGAUACUGUCUAAUAUAAAGUCCUGCCGCUGGAGGCACUUUAGACCACGGACACUACCACUACACCAGCUGGACGACGCCCACCCCCUGUUCAGGCGCCGCAGUCGAGGCGUGAAGCGCCCGCUCUGCGCCUCCGCCGCGGGGCAGCCGUUCAGGCCGCAGCGCCCGCCCAGGGUCGUCCCGCCGCCCGCAGCCGUCGCUGCUUUCACAGCAGAACAGUACCAGCAGCAUCAGGAGCAGCUGUCCCUGAUGCACAAGCAGCAGCUGGAGCAGGUCCAGCAGCAGCACCAAGCCAACAGCACUGCCAACAGCACACAGAGCCUGGCCAACACGCUGGACCAGGCCAGUGCUCAGUUCGCCGCCUCGGCCCUCGUCACCGCCGACCAACUGCUGGCUCUGAAAACCAAGGAGGAGCUGCCGCUGGGAGGCGGAGUCAACGGCAUCCUCUCCUCAGGUGUCUAUAAGGGCUUGCCGCUCUCCAGCACAGCGUCCCCGUCCCCCGCCGCCCCGGCUCCCCCCACCACCACCCAGACGCCCGCCUUGCUCCACCCCUGCUCCACCAGCCUCAGCUCCGCCACCAGUAACAACGGCACAGCCCACCCCGCCAACGCCACUAGCACCAACGCCGCCGCCGCCACUCAGGUCCUGCUUGGAAACAACAACCUCCGUCUGGGAAUCCCCGCCGGCAAGCGCAUCCACGCCCCCCGCACGCUGAGCACCACCAUGUCGACAUCCGCCUUAAAGCUCGCCCACGCAGCCACCGCCAACUGUCAGAAACCCAAGGUGGCCACGGCCUCCGCCUCUCCGCUGGACCUGGUGCCCAGGGAGAACCUCGAACAAGACCAGCCAGCACUGAACAGUCUGUCGGAGAACACACUGGCCAUGGAGGUCACGUAGCCUCCGGCCCGCCGCUGCGAGGGAAGCGCCGCCCGGCGUCGUCCGUUUCCUUUUUUCUUUCUUUUUUUUUUUUUUUUUUUUAGGUGCUAUGCAUCAUUUGUUAGUCGUGAAUGCAAGUGGUGGCUGAAUGAGCACGGCAAGGUUGGGUGUCCGGCGACCGUUUUUGGGACUUAAUUGCAAUGCCCGUCUCGUACAAAUUAUUCUUUCUUCUGCCCGCCCCUCCCGUAUUUCCCCGUUUGUUACUGUUGAUAAGAGAUCGUCUGUAAAUUCUUAAUAUGGCAAUUCUAUGUACAGUACUGCAUAUUUGUAAUAUCCACCUCCCUUCCCCACCCCCCCACCCCCGCCCGUUCUUGUAUAUAACAUUACUUGAAUACAGAAUCGUUCAUUUGUGAUGUUUUGCACUCGAGAUAUAAAGUUAAAAAGAAUAAUAAAAAAAAAAAACAAGACGAAAAGAGAAAACGACAAACUUGCGACUGGUGCAAAUCCGAGGAGCGAAAGUUGUACCACAGAAAAGUAUGUCUUCACAUGCAUGGUGCAGAACCUGCUGUUGGAUCUAUUUAUUGUGCCGUGUUUACAAAAAGUUAUCUC